AUCCAUCCUAAGAACCUUCCGAGCUACAGCACUCCCGAGAUUUUGACUAUUGACCGUGUACUAGUACUACUGUUAUUCCCCACGCAGCACACGGUCAAAAGUCAAAAUCUUGCGUUACGCCUGUAUAAAAUCGCCGUUCCGUUCCACCACGCGCGCACGCACGGACGGGCAUCGCAGCAGCAACUCAUCCCCCACCAGGCACCCACCCUCGUCUCUCAUCCUCGACAUUUAUCUCGAUCUGCUCGAUUCUCUCCUGGAGCCGGGAGCAGCCAUGGCAGCAGCAGCGGCGGCCGCGACCCGGCCGGGCUUCUUCACCUUCCUGAAGCACGGGGUCCUCCUCCCGGCUCGCCACGGGUCCCUCUUCCUGCCGCUCCUGGCACUCACGGCCGCCCUCGCGGCGGCGCUGCUCCUCGGCAACGCCCUCGCCGUGCAGCCCCUGGCCGCGGCCGCGCUCCUCGACGCCGACGCCAUCAGCCGCGCCGACCCGGCCAGCGCCGCCUACCCGGCCCUCGUCGAAGCCCUCAAGCGCGACCUCAGGUGGCUCCUCCUCGACGCCGGCGCGUGCCUCCUCGCCGCCGUGGUCCUCGGGUCCGCCAUCAAGAUCGCCACCGUCUUCGCCGCCGUCGCUGCUUUCUCCUCCGCCACGGAAUCCCAGCGCCCCACCGUGUCCGGAGUCAUCAGCAGCGCCAGGGGACACAUCCGGGGCGCCGUCCUGACCGUCGCCUUCGGGUACGUCCUCGAGCUCGCCUGCGCCGCCGCCAUCGCGGCACUAGCUCUGCUCAUGGUCUACCUCCUCGAGUACUCCCUGCUGCUGCUCUUCCUCGACGCGCUGCUCGUGCUCCUCGUCUCGCUCUUCCUCGUCUACCUCUCCGUCGUCUGCGCCGCGGCCGUCGUCGCCUCGGCCGCGGAGCAGCCCGGGGUCAGCGGCGCGGCCGCCGUGUCGCGCGCGUGGCGGCUGAUGCAGGGGAAGGGCGCGCAGGCGGCGGUCUACGUGGUGGCCACGUGCGCGCUCGGCGUCGCCGUGUCGCCGGUGUACACGCUGGUGCUGAGGUGGUGGCCGCGCGGCGCGGCGGGCGGGGUGGCCGCCGGCGUCGCGUACGUGGCCCUGCUCGGCGCCGUCGAGGUGUUCUCUGUCGCUGCUGUCACGGCGUACUACUUCGAGUGCAGGGAGAGCAAGGAAGAAGAGGAGAUGAUGAGGCUCAGAUACUCCAAGCUGCCCAAUGGAGAUGAGGCUAAUAUUUGAUCAAUUGAUGAUUCAUUUGUAGCAAUUGUUUUGAUUAGCAGUAGUAUUAUUUCAUGUACUGCUGGCGUUAUGGGUUUGCAGCAACGAAAUCUAACAAAGAAACACAAACAAUGGGCAGAAGCAAGAACUUCAAUUUGCACAAACUUGGUUCUCCAUGUUGUCACAGUUUUUUUCCAUUUUUCGACGCAGAGAAAUGUAAAUCAUAAUUGAAAGAAAACAUCAAGUGGCUCCAUGUCGCUCAUCCGUA